GUGGGCUGCGUUUCAUUGCUCCGUGAACACACGACGACGCGAGUGCCAUACGACACUCUCCGAUGCGGCUUUCCAAGGCUUAACCGACAACUGCGACGACGACUUUUGAAACGAGUGUGGGAUUAAGCACGGCGGGAAGGAAGGAAGGAAGGAGGGAGGGAAGGAAGGAACGAAGGACGAUGGCGUCAAUAAUCCUGCUUACGAUGCUCCUGCUUCUCCAAGAUGCUGUGGGCUUUGUGCUACCAAAUGAUUACUUAAAGAUGUGUUGUGACCUCGGCGGCUCGUGGGCUGAGCAAAGGAUGUCGUGCAAGGAUUUUGUGGGUCCAGUGCUCGACUUAGAACUCGGUGAACAACCCGCCUGCCUCGAGUCCGUUGAAACUUGUUGUAGGAAAGCUUAUCAGGAGGAGGCCUGUAUCAGAGGUAGAAUCGAUGCCAGGACUGGUGCUGCUUGUGAGUCGCCCGAUAAUCCGGACGAGUAUCGUCGCAACUGCUGCGAGGGAUGCAAACUCGGUAUCUUAACUGGUUCAAGUGGCAAGGACUGUGCACCUAAGAAAUUUAGCCGGGACGUACUGUGGGAGUGGAUAUUUAUCAAAUGCUGCAAUGAAGCAAUAUCCACUACUACUCGAAGCAGUUCCAAUGCAACAAUAAUUACAGAUAGAUCGCCAGCAACGAGAGAUUUUAUGGAAGCUACGUUAAAAAGUGAAGAUAUAGAUAAUGGCAUAGAUAAAAAGGUUGACUUAGUAUCAUCAAUAUAUUUCAAAUCAGAUAAUGAAUGUCUAUUAUUGAGCGGUAUGCCAUGUUCUCAAAUCUGUGUACGUAUACCUGGAUCCUACUACUGCCAGUGUUACAAGGGCUUUAUAUUAGAAGAAGAUGGAAGAUCAUGUAAAUUAAAUAACACAAUGGAUGAAGAGCAAAACACAACAAUCGUGAACAACCCGUCCGUCUUAUCAAUAACUUCAACUUCGUUUUUCCAUAGGAAUUUUUCGUCUACCACACCGAAACCUUUGAUUUUUGAUUCGACAUUACCAUUGAAUUUAACGGCUUCAUCGGACAUGUUAACAUCUAUGAAGUCAACCUUUUCAAAUGUUUCAAGUUCAAUUAAAAGCAUCGAGUUGUCUUUGAACACAUCAAUAGCGCGAGCAUCUUUGUUCCCGUCUAAACUCUCGACAUUUGCAACUGAAAUAAAAUCAAAGUGGGCCAUACCUUCCGCAGAUGCGUUUAAAAUAUUCGCAAUUGAUGCGAAAUUGCGAACGACGAGAUCCUUACCAAUAGAAGACAACGAACUCAAUUUGCCGUGUCCAACUGGAUAUCGCUUCACUCUUAGUACUGAAACAUGCGAUGACAUCGACGAGUGCAACGAGUUGCCGAUUCCUGUCUGUCCACCAGGAAGUGGCUGUCAAAAUAUUAAUGGUACCUAUCGAUGCCUUGGGCCUGAAUCGAGGAGUGGUGCCGUUGAACAAUGCGAAUUUGGUUACCGUUGGAACUCCACCCAAGAACGCUGCGUCGAUGUGAACGAGUGCUUGGAAAAUAUUCAUAAAUGUCUAAUGGACGCAGAAAAUUGCAGAAAUUUAGAUGGGUCGUAUGAGUGCGAAGUGAAAUGCAAAAAUGGAUUUAUUUUUAAUGGUAAUUACGGAGCUUGUUUGGAUAUCAACGAGUGCACCGACUUGACGAACGUUUGUCUACAACCUCACACAAUUUGUGUCAACAGUCUUGGAAGUUUUGAAUGCAGGAGCUUAAAGGAGUAUGAGCAUAAUAAAGAACCGAACAAUAUUGGGAAUGGAUCAGAUGAUAGACAAUCGAGUGAUUACGAUGGUUUUGAUGAAGGGAGAGAUAUCAACGAAUGUCAAGUGCGCGUGCAGCCUUGCGCUUCGGGUGAAAUAUGCCGGAACACCGCCGGUGGUUAUGAUUGUAUCCCAGGCGGCUGUCCCCGGGGCUUUAUACCUGCGGGUGAUGCUUGCCAGGACGUAGACGAAUGCGAAAUUGGACUACAUUCUUGUAGCACCCAUGAACGCUGCCAGAAUACCAAUGGCUCGUUCACCUGCGAGCAGCCAAGGUCGAAGCCCAGAACACCAAUAAUCGAGUCACCCAAUCUCCUCUGCCGCAAGGGAUAUAAGGCGGAUAAAGUGUCUGGCAGUUGCGUUGACAUAGAUGAAUGUGUCGAGGGUCCAGGAUGCAGGGACCAUGAAAGGUGUCGAAAUUUACAUGGCAGUUAUGACUGUUCGCCACUUUGUGGUCCUGGUUGGUAUUUUCAGCUUCAAACGAAGACGUGUCAGGACGUUGACGAGUGUCUUUUGGGUCACCACAAUUGUCGACAGCGCACGCAGUAUUGCCGCAACACCAACGGUUCGUACGCCUGCGAGACUCUCAGCGCCUGUCCAAAUGGCUACCGCCGCGACCAGAAUGGCAGCUGCGCUGACGUGGACGAGUGCCUCGAGGGUGUGCACACGUGCUCGCGCGACUCCCAUCGCUACUGCGUGAAUCGCGAAGGCGGUUACGAAUGCAUAACUCGGUUGCCCUCCUGCUCCCGGGGCUUCGAAUACUCGCUGUUCACGCGCCAGUGUGAGGACGUGGACGAAUGCAGGAGCGGCAGGGCAAGCUGCGAGGUCCGACUCAACGAGCGCUGCGUCAACCUGCCGGGUAGCUACAGGUGCGAGCGGCCCCAGCCCGGACUCAGAGCACACAGACAGAGGCCCGCGUGCCCGUCGGGCCAUACCUACGACGUCGCCCAGAGGAAGUGCUCCGGUAAGGGACAUCUUAUUAAGAAGAACUCUUCUUCUAAAGAUAUAGAUGAGUGCGCCGAUGGGACUCACAAUUGUGGCAAACAAAAAUGUUACAAUUUACCGGGUAGUUUUCAAUGUGCUAAAGCUCCACUUCCCAUUAUAAGAAGAAAGCCAGGUUUUUCAUCGACAGCCGCUAUUGGAUCUAUUCGAGAUGAUAAUUGUGAUAUCGGAACUAGGUACGAUGUGAUCCGAGGUGGAUGUGUAGACGUGAACGAGUGCGAAGAAAUCGACGAUGCGUGCAGUAGCAACGAGGAGUGUAGAAAUACGCCCGGGAGUUUCCAUUGCGUUUGUAUCCUGGGCUUCCGCAGGGAUGAAUUGACGCAGGCGUGUGUUGAUGUGAAUGAGUGCCAGUUGGAGAACGACUGUUUGUCCUCGCAGCGUUGCGAUAAUACAAUUGGUAGUUACACUUGCGUUCGGUUCUUGCCUUGCGGUACCGGCUACACACUUAAUGCCGCCACGGAGAUCUGUGAAGAUGACGACGAGUGCAGUCUUGGUACUCAUGACUGUGGUUCAGGUUAUAGUUGUCGCAACACCCACGGCAGUUAUAGGUGCGAUAGGAACAGGAUCAGGACAACGAGUACUCAGAGGCCAACUAUUAAAAGGAGUCGUAGGCCGACUGUUAGACCGACCUCUGCAGCAAUCUACAGUACACCUCGUAUAAUAAAUACUAAUGCGAGUACAACUACCAUCAUGACUUCAUCAAAACCUAGAACUUUGAGCAUACAAAGAGCUAUUGUUACAACUACAACUACAGCAAGGCCGAUGACAACUGUAAGUACAACACACCAACACAACACAACAAUUUCAAGUACUACAACGCCUACAACUGCAACUUCUAUGCCAACUGUACUUACAUCUAAUGAUGCAAUAACAACGACUACUUAUAAAAAUAUAUUUACGCAUAAGCCAAAAAAGAUAAUCAUUACAACUACAACUACUACCGAAGACAUACCAACUGUGGGUACUUUAAGAACUACUCCUUAUACCAUAAAGUCUAUUAUUCCUCUUCGAUUAAAAAUAAAGUGUUUACGUGGUUUUGAAAACGAUCCUUUUGGGCAAUGCAUCGAUAUUGAUGAAUGUCAUAAAAAUGUCAAUAUUUGUGGACGUCAACGUUGUAUAAAUACAAUCGGUUCUUACAGAUGCGAAAUCCGAAAAAUUUGCGGCAUCGGUUAUGCUGCUGAUCCCAUCACGUCGCAAUGUAAGGAUAUCAAUGAAUGUGUUCAAGGCUUACACAAAUGUGGUCCUGAGCAGACAUGUGAAAAUAGACAGGGAGGAUAUAUUUGUUAUUGCCCAGCAGGCUACGAAGUUGGAGGAAGUCAUAACUGCAUUGAUCUGGAUGAGUGCGAGAGGUCAUUACCGCGGCGUCUCUGCGAUGAAGGAGGUCACUGCGUUAAUACCUUGGGCUCGUACCGCUGCGAGUGCGAUUUUGGCUUCGAGGAGGAGCACCAGAGUGGCGGAUGUCGGGAUGUGGACGAGUGUGCGGCUGAACCUGGGCCUUGUCAGCAGGAGUGUUACAACACUUGGGGCAGUUACAGUUGCGGUUGCGGACCCGGUUACCAGCUCAGGCCUGACAAUCGUACUUGUGAGGACAUUGAUGAGUGCAGUGAAUUCAAGAACACCAGCCUCUGUGUAGGUAUUUGUGACAACACACCCGGAAGCUAUGUGUGUCGUUGUCCCGACGGCUACAGACUCACCGAUGACGGUCGCACUUGCCAAGAUAUUGAUGAAUGUGCUACCGGCGUCGUUUGUAAAAAACAAGAUGAAAUUUGUCAAAACGUCAGAGGCGGAUUUAGAUGCAACAAAAUCAAUUGCCCUCCUGGAUACGAACACGAUCUGCAGAGAAAAAACCGCUGUAUGCCGGAGAGUCCGUUUUGCCCAAUUCACGACCAAGCCUGCUUCCAGCGACCAGCUUACUAUACUUACAAUUACAUCAGCAUCGUUUCUUUGUUCCCGAUACCAGCUAGUACGGGCGAGCUCGAGCUCUUCACGAUGCGCGGUGCGUAUAAGCUCUUCGAUUCGACCGUGAACUUCAGUAUGGCCUUUAUCGGUGCGAGUGCCCCGCCACACGUCAAGCCUGCCACGGAAUCCUGCUUCGCUCUACGUAAACCAUAUCCCGCGCAAGCGGUCCUCGUGUUGACACAAAGUCUCGAAGGUCCUCAGGACAUCGAGCUCGAAUUCUCCAUGGAGGUAUACGGGCCGAGCGGAAAUUUUGCAGGAAGUACCUCCGCCAAGAUCUUUAUUGUCGUCACCCAGUACGAAUUCUGAACAAUGACGCAGUUCUUAAACUUAGGGCAUCCUUCGAAUAUUCACCUUCGAGUAAGCAAAAGCUUCACAAAAAAUACCAGUUGUUUAAUGAGUUUGUUUGCACUUAAUUUGUGAAUACCGAAACGAACGUCAUCAGCAACGAACUU